CAGUUGAGUUUUUGUUGCGGACGAGUUAAGAUCAUAGAAAAGGCAAAAAUAUGUUGAAAAUCCGUAGUGGAAUUGCCGUAGCUCACAAGCAAGUGGCGGCCGUCUCUUUCAGUGGACAGCAGCGCCGGCAGACCACAGCUGCUGCAGCUCUAACCCGAGACGAUGCAGAGUGGCAGCAGGCGCGUCCCUUCAGGCAGGUGCCUCGGGCCAAUUCGAUAUCUCUGAUUCCCAAAAUGUUCAUGCCAGGGGGUAAAUAUGAGAACAAGGACCUUGCGGAGUUGAUAAUGGCCAUGCGCGAAGACAAUGGCAUCAUUCAUGUUGUGCCAGGCAUCAUGGGAGGACCUCCCAUGUUGAGUACACACAAUCCCAAGGACUUCGAGGUAGUAUUCCGGCACGAGGGCACGUGGCCAGACAGGCCUGGCGCCGACGCUCUUUUGUACCAUCGGCAGACGCACAGAAAGGAUUUCUUUCAGGGCGUCGAGGGCGUCGCACCAACCCAAGGAAAGGCGUGGGGCGACUUUCGAUCGGCUGUAAAUCCAGUCCUCAUGCAGCCCAAGAACGCGAGGCUUUACUACAAGAAAAUGUCCCAGGUCAAUCAGGAAUUUGUGCAGCGCAUUAAAGUUAUCCGAGAUGCCAGCACUCUAGAGGUUCCUGAUAACUUCAUAGACACCAUCAAUCGCUGGACCCUGGAGUCAGUCUCCGUCGUGGCAUUGGACAGGCAGUUGGGACUGCUGAAGGAGUCGAACAAAAAGAUCGAAGCCACAAAGCUUUUCCACCUCUUGAAAGAUUUCUUUAAAGUAUCUGCUGAUCUGGAGCUGAAGCCCUCCGCCUGGCGCAUGUUCAAAUCGCCCAAACUGAUGAAAAUGAUGAACAUUCUCGACACCAUUCUGUACAUUAUAUCGGCAUAUAUUGAUGAGGCGGUAGAGCGAUUGGAGAAGGAAGCCAAAGAGGGUGUUGUCCGUCCUGAGAACGAGCAGAGUGUACUGGAAAAGCUCCUCAAGGUCGACAAGAAGGUGGCCACAAUCAUGGCCAUGGACAUGCUAAUGGCCGGAGUUGAUACCACCUCUAGCACAUUUACACGGUCAUGCUCUGCCUUGCCAAGAAUCCCGAAAAGCAGGCCAUACUCCGAGAGGAGGUGAUGAAGGUACUGCCCCACAAG